AGGCUGAAUUAACUUCAGUACAAACAGCAUGGCGCCGAAUAGCAGUCAUUCGAGCUAUGCUGACACUUUAAAAUCGUUUUUCCAGAAUAACAGUAGAGUUAAAGACUACCAAGCGCACUUGUCAAAGGUUCAUUCUGUAGACUGGAGCUGCGAUGGACGACGUCUGGCUUCGGGGAGCUUCGACAAGACCGUCAGCAUUUUUGUCCUGGAAAGGGAUCGCAUGAAUAAGGACCACGUUUUUAAAGGCCACGGCGACAGUGUCGAUCAACUUUGCUGGCAUCCUUCAAAUCCUGACCACUUAGCUACAGCGAGCUUGGAUAAAACAGUUCGACUUUGGGAUGCACGGACGCCGAAAUCUAUAGCCGUUGUUGGAACCAAAGGUGAAAACAUAAACAUAUGCUGGUCUCCCGACGGCCAAACGAUCGCCGUCGGAAACAAGGAAGACUUGGUUUCAUUUAUAGAUGUGAGGUCGCACAAGGUGCGUGUGGACCAGCAGUUCAAGUUCGAAGUCAAUGAAAUCUCUUGGAACAACGCAAACUCUCAUUUUUUCCUCACAAGUGGUCAGGGAUGUAUACACAUAUUGAGCUGUCCAGAUCUACAGCUCCAGAUCGUGCUCAAUGCACACCCAGCUAACUGCAUCUGCAUUGAGUUUGACCCCACAGGACGGUACUUUGCAACAGGGAGCGUAGAUGCGCUGGUCAGCCUCUGGGACGUUGAAGAACUGGCCUGUGUCAGGACCUUUUCAAGGUUGGAGUGGCCUGUGAGGACCAUAAGCUUUAGCCACGACGGAAAAAUGCUGGCGUCUGCUUCGGAAGACCUUUUAAUUGACAUUGCGGAUGUUGAGACAGGUGAUAAAAUUUUCGAGGUGCCAUGUGAAUCCCCAACAUUCACUAUCGCUUGGCAUCCAAAGAGACACCUGCUAGCCUUCGCCUGCGACGACAAAGUCGAACGUGACCAAGAUGCAGGGACCGUUAAAUUAUUUGGCUUGCCCAGUUCAUCGUAAACACCACUGACGAGUCAUCACUGUAAAUAAAUCUGCACCACA